ACCAAAACAAACCCCAAAAAGAACAAAAAAAAAAUGUAAAUGUAUAUAAAAAUGGAUUUUAGUAAAAUUAGUGAAAAACUAGUACCGGCUAAUUACUUAAAACUGGCCUUAGAUUCCCAAAAGUCUAGGGAGAUCCAAGUUAAGGAAUUGUUUGAUAAGCGUAAGCUUCCCGAAAAUGGAUGGAGUGAUGAGCUUAUUGAAUAUGUGGUCCAUCAACUUGCUGCCCUAGAUUCUAAUAAUUUUGAACAUAAAGCAGGUCUAGGUGAAAGAGAGGCGAGAAUAGCUUGUGGUUUAGUGGCUCAACGCCAUUAUCGCUUUGGACAUGGCAUUGGAAGAUCGGGUGAUCUAUUGGAAGCACAACCAAAAGCUGUCGGCUCCACUAUAUUGGCUCAGUUAACCAAUGCCUUACUUUUAGAUCUUAUACAGUCGAUGGGGGUGCAGUCAUGUAAAAGUUGUUUUUUAGUGCCAAUGGCUACAGGAAUGACUUUGACUCUAUGUUUUCUAAGCUUGCGGAAAGUACGACCCAAAGCUAAACAUAUUUUAUGGUCACGCAUAGAUCAAAAAUCAUGUUUCAAAAGUAUGACCACAGCGGGAUUUAUACCGGUUAUAAUAAACACCCAGAGAAGCAACGAAGAUGAAAGCUUAUAUACCAACAUAGAGGAAUUCCAAAAGAUAAUGGAAGCCUUAAAUAAAGAGGAAAUCCUUUGCAUAAUGUCUACAACGAGUUGUUUUGCACCCAGAAACUGUGAUAACAUUAUAGAACUAGCAGAAUUGGCAAAGAAAUAUGAAAUACCUCAUAUAGUCAAUAAUGCAUAUGGACUUCAAAGUACUUAUUAUUGUCAUCAAAUUCAACAAGCCCAACGUACAGGAAGAAUUGAUAUGUUUAUACAAAGUACGGAUAAAAACCUAAUGGUGCCCGUGGGAGGUGCCAUUGUGGCAGGAUUUGACGAGACAACAGUGCAAAAUGUAGCCAAAUCUUAUGCGGGUCGUGCCUCAUCUUCACAAUCCUUAGAUGUUUUCAUGACCUUACUGUCAUUAGGAAAAACUGGCUAUUUAAAUUUAUCAAAAGCUCGAAAAAAUCUUUUUAUGGAAUUAAAACAAAAAUUAAAUGUGAUAUCCAAACAACAUGGCUGCAAAGUUUUAGAAACUAAAAGCAAUCGCAUAUCUUUAGCCAUAACUUUUGAAUCUCUAAGUAUAGAUGAACCAACAAAAUUUGGCUCCAUGCUUUAUACACGUGGCAUAUCGGGAACAAGAGUGGUGGCUUCUGGCUGUACAAAAACUAUUGACAAUUUUGAAUUUAAAAAUUGGGGUACUCAUGAAGACCUUGUAAGUCUGCCUUAUAUCACAGUAGCUGCGUCUAUUGGAAUAACUGAAGAAGACAUAAAUAUAUUUCUAAGGAAAUUUAGCGACUUAUUAAAAAAAUACAAGGAAAAAGAACAAUGAACAUGUAA